AUGGUUUCGUUUUCACCAACAACUUUCUCUUACCUGUGCUCUUUCCUCUCUAUCAUUCUACUUCCGUCCUCUCGGGCGUUUUAUCUCUCUGACUCCAACCCCCUUUUGUCCUUUAACAAUCAAGUGAGAGAAGUGCAUCUCUACACAGAUAACCACAGGAGAGGCAUGUAUCUGCAGAUGACCCAGGACGGCAGGGUGUCAGGGAGUGAAGUCCAGACACUUUACAGUGUGCUGCAGCUGAAAUCUGUGAGACCUGGCCACAUAGUCAUCAAUGGACUGUCAUCAUCCCUGUUCCUCUGCAUGGACAGCGACGGCCAUCUGAGGGGACAGACGCACCACACGGACGCUGACUGCACCUUCCAGGAGCUGGUGCUGGGAGACGGCUACACCCGCUUCCGGUCCUUGCACCAUGGGUUUCUGGUGUCUCUGGCAUCGAAACGGUCCCCAGAUCGACACGUGGUCCCCUUCACCCGGUUCCUGCCACUUGCGAACACUCUGACAAGAGAGCGCGUGAUUGAACGACCACCAAAAAGUCAGAGCCGAUUCAACGUGGACGCAGAUGACCUUCUGGGAAUGGGCCGAAACUCUGUGGUCAGUCCUCAGUUCUAA